GGCGUAUAUCAUGUUACCAUAGUAACAGCAUAGUCACAGCUCGUCUGUUGACUUUCUCUGCGGUGGCUAACUUACCCGUGAGUAAACUUCAUUAAAGUGGCCCGCCGGUCAUUUGUCAAGCACUGAGCUGGGGCGCUUACUUCGGGACCAUUAAAAGCAGGGUCUGAAGAUGUCGAAUGAUCUUGCUGGUGUGUGGGAGGUGGCACUGAGUGAUGGUGUCCACAGGAUAGAGUUUGAACAUGGCACGACCACCGGAAAGAGGGUCAUCUUCGUUGAUGGAAAGGAGGUAGUGAGACGGGACUGGAUGUUCAAACUUGUGGGGAAGGAGACUUUCAGUGUGGGCAGAUCAGACACCAAAGCAACCAUCAACAUUGAUGCAGUCAGUGGUUUUGCCUAUGAGUACACCUUGGAGAUCAAUGGGAAGAGCUUGAAGAAGUACAUGGAGAACAGAUCAAAGGUCACCAGCACCUGGGUUCUCAACUUGGAUGGCAUUGACUGCAGGGUGGUCCUGGAGAAAGACACAAUGGAUGUUUGGUGUAAUGGACAAAAGAUUGAGACUGCAGGGGAGUUCGUGGACGACGGCACAGAAACACAUUUCACACUAGCGGACCACAACUGCUGCGUGAAGGCCGUCAGCAGCGGGAAGAGACGAGACGGGAUCAUCCACACGCUGCUCGUGGAUGGCACAGAGAUAGCUGAAUGCACAGAGUGACCGUGUGUGUGCGUGUUUUUACAUUUGUGUGAAAGCAGAGAUCUCGUUUGUACGUGUGACUCUUGGUAUCUGUGAAGAGUAGAAAAAAAAAGUCAUUUAAAGCUAUUGGGAGUCAGGGACCAACUGACAAAAAUAUGCGCUCCAGAGUUUGGAUGGCCAUACUCUGGAGGGUAUAUUAGCCAUACAUCGGUACUGUAAAGGUUGCCCUGUGUUAAUAUAGUACAAGUUGAAGACGGGACCUGCAGUCUGGGCAGUUUUAGAGGAGAGGGUACAGCCAUACAUUUCAGCCAGAAAAAGGGAUUUACUGUCUCAAAAUGUAACUUCACAUUGAAACACUUUUUUGAGUCGUAAACUUGUACUUUAUAUUGAUUAUAAAUACUAUAAAUUGUAGUACUGUUAUCAAUAUUGGAGUCCAGAUGUGCCAUAUGUAUCUGCAGCUGGUGUUCUCUUAGAGACGUUCUGUACCUAUUGUGAUUUUGUAGAAAACAACCACUUUAUAAAUAACACAAACCCCAGACUUCUUGUCCCCCUGCUCUUCUGUUGUAUGUUUAAAUGUUGCGCAAUAGGAGGAUCAAAUACCAGGGUACAAGAUUAUUCCUUGAAUGUAGCCUCAUUCCAGCGUGCACUGCUCAGGAGUGUCUUUGUUUAGUCUGACGUUGACGUGUUAAAUGGUCUGUGUAUGGUUGGUUCAGCCAGUUGAUCUUACAUUCAUAUGUAAUUAGCUUUUAGCAGACUGCUGUAAUGUGUCAAAACAUCCUUGUCUACAAUUUAACGGUAGUAACAAUUUCACAGACAAUCAUACAGAUGUGACAUUAUUGCCAGUAAUUGUAUAGAAAUCGUAUAAACAGCGGAAGUGAAUCACCUGCUGAUAUCCAAAAAUACUUUGGAGACUUCCUGUUGUCCUCAGAGAUGUGUGGGGUUCUGUUGUGCUGUAAAAUUAUAAGUCUUGUUUUCUAUGUAAAGGCUAGAUUUUGUGGUUACACACAAUUUAAGAUAAACAUUUUUAUAAAGUCCUGGUUGGAAAUUAAAACAUUGAAAAUGUAUCCAUCUCAAGGCAUUUACUAAUUUAAUAUUUAAUAACAGUUUUGUGUUUUUUCAAUUCAAGGUCUCCAUGACAACAGAGUAAACUUUAUCCACUGAGAUGCAGCUGAAAGCUCUGGUAAAUUCUACUGAAUGGACCUUUUUUGUCAAACAAUUUCCAAGGUCAAGGAUAAACUUUCGUGCUCAAUAGACUGUGAUUUCUAACAUUUGUGUUGUUGUAUCAUUAAAAAUAUGUCUUAUA